AUGCCGUCGCGUCGCCGAGAAACUUGGGGAUACCGCGACGUCCACGCGCGCCCCUUCGGCGGCUUCUCCGCCGAGAUCUGGUUCCGUGGGAUGUGCCUCGACCUCGACAAUUUCAACACCGCCAACGAGGCCGCUCGCGCGUAUGACGCGGCAGCGUGGCACCUCCGGUGGCCUCAUAGAACAAUGAACUUCCCCAACGUGCUGACACGGGAGUGGGCGCAAGAGCUCGCGCCUCUACCUCAGCUUAACACCGACGAGGAUCGUUGCGACAACCAAAGGUGGGAGCACCGUCUCAGCAUCACCGAGAUGGACGAGGAAGCCAUGGCAGUGUGGCACCAACACUUCCCACAUGACAUCAUCAACGAGCGCGAGUUCUACGCGCAAAGGGCGGCGGAGAGGGAGAAGAGGAGGGCGGAGCGAGCCGCCUAUCGCGAGGACAAGUGUAGGCGAAAAGCGGACGCGCAAUUCAACAUGAGGCUAGGAGCAGCG